AUGGACUUAAAAAUAAUGAACAAGAAAAUAAAAUUUAAAAUGACUAGGGGAAGAAGGGGCCGGCUUUCUAGCGACAGCGACGCAAGAUGGCGGCCACCACGGGCUCGGACAAUUUAUGAAAACCGAAUAUACAGCCUUAAAAUAGAAUGUGGACCUAAAUACCCAGAAGCACCCCCCUUUGUAAGAUUUGUAACAAAAAUUAAUAUGAAUGGAGUUAAUAGUUCUAAUGGAGUGGUGGACCCAAGAGCCAUAUCAGUGCUAACAAAAUGGCAGAAUUCAUAUAGCAUCAAAGUUGUCCUGCAAGAACUUCAGCGCCUAAUGAUGUCUAAAGAAAAUAUGAAACUCCCUCAGCCACCUGAAGGACAGUGUUACAGCAAUUAAUCAAAAAGAAAAACCACAGGCCCU